CCGGCGGGGGACCUGCUGCGAGCCCACCCGCACCUGGUGGUGAGGGCGGGGGCUGCGCUGCGACGCCCCAGGGCUCCGCUGUUGUGCCCCCGGCGCCGGGCCCUCCCGCUCGCGCCUCGUCCUCCUCUGCGCCCCCACGAGGGUCCCUCUGCUCUGGGUGAUGUGGGAUCCACCGGUUCCCAUUUGGGGAUUGCUCUGAGGGUUUCUGGUCGCCCGGAGCCCUCCCUUGACCGUGUGCACCUCAGCGCCGGCCGCACCGUCGGUCACUUUUGCCUCUGUUUUAUUUUUAGGAGAAAGCAAAAGUUCUCACAAGCCAGCCUGCUCAGACGGUGGGACCCAAAGGACUUCUGUAUGUCCAGCAGAGAGAGUUUGCAGUGACCACCCCUGCAGAUGGCUCCGUUUCCAUUCUUGGAUCCGAGGAUGCCACGACCUGCCACUUGGUGGUGCUGAGGCACACAGGCAGCGGGGCUACCUGCUUGACGCACUUUGAUGGAUCAGACACAGAGGCUGAGGUGUUACUGAUCAUGAGUUCAGUAAAGUCUCUUUCUAGCAACGCAGCAUGUGGAAGGUUGGAAGUGCACCUAGUUGGAGGUUUCAAUGAUGAUAGGCAUUUAUCACAAAAACUUACUAAUCAGCUUCUUAGAGCUUUUGACCUCCAGCAAGAUGAUGUCCAUUUAAUGACUUACUGCGUGACAGAAUUAAAUGACAGGGAGGAGAAGGACAAUCAUUUCCCAAUUGUGUAUGGAAUUGCUGUGAAUGUUAAAACAGGAGAGAUCUUCCAUGCAACUUUUCCAGAUAAGGGACCAGAUGAGGAUUUACGUUCAGCCCGUACCUUAACAGGAGCAAAGAUGAUUAGUAUUUAUGAUGCAGAGACAAAGCAGCUCCAUAUUGGACCUUACUUCUGGAUGCCUUUCCCACAUGUGGAUUUCUGGCUGGAGCAGGAUGAUGAACAGAUCUUACAGAAUCUUUCCACGUCUCCUCUGGCUGAGCCCCCCCACUUUGUUUCCCACAUUAGAUCCACAUUAACAUUUUUAAAAGAUCACCCCUUUCCACAAUACUCCCUGUUCCCUGACAGAAAACCACACAGCUACAAAAAAAAUGAAGAAGGGUUAUGGGUACAGGUUUGCUCUGACAAGAUUUAACAGGCAAAUCCAGAAAGAGACCAGGAAGGUGUGGCCUUGCCAACAGAAGAGUGACCAUUUUGCAAGGAGUAUGUUUCUGAACUGAUGCUGAUUCCAUCUCCUACUAUCCCUCAACUCUGAUGCUUUUCAAAACAAAGUAUUUUGGCAGAAGUGCAUUUGUUUGCACUGUUACUUGCAAAAGGGAGCAGUUGCUUCUGAGGUUAAGAGUUUUUCUGCCCCGAUGGAGCUUUUUCUCCAGUUCUUUCUUUUGGUGCUAACAGGUGUAUAUAGAGGCCUCUUGAAAUCUACCUUGCAAGAUUCAAUUCAAGAAUUUUUUUUUUCCUUUAGGACUCUCUCUCUCUCCUUAAGGACAAAAGUUUAUCAAAUGUAUGUUUAGGUAUACAGGCUUAAUGCAGUGACUUCUUGAUCAUUGGAGAAAACUAUUUUUCAAAAUCCAAAUAGUGGUUGCACCCUAAAUGACAUAUCUAGUUUUUGGUGAGAUGAAUCAGUUUUUCACAUAAGAAAAAAAUUGACAAUCAGACCUGUAAAAGCGAUUCAAAUAUUUCCAAAUACUUGAGCCUAAAAAGCCUUUGUUUUGCAAAAGGGCAAAUAUUUCAUACUACGCUUCUCCUGAAGUAACAGUCUAUUCACCAGUGCUGCUUUCCCAUUCUGUUAUCUAAACUGUGGAUGAGUAACUUAAAAGUAUUCACCACUAGUGAGUGGUAGGGCCAUUGCCAGGUUAGUUCCUCACCUUUUGCUGUUGACUCUAAAGUUGAAGCGUAACAUUUUAUCAUUGUUUCUACAACCUAUUUUUGCAUUUUAACAAAAAAGAGAGAGACUGACAGAGAUGUACUU